AUGCAACCUGUGCAAAAAGGUGUGACCAAGUUCCAGAAACACAACCAUGUGAAAGUAUGCCCCCAGAACGUGCUGAUGUGCUGGGCAACAAAAUUGCGUGGACAACGACUUGUUUAUGAUCUCCUUGGCAAUUCAACGUCCCCUUCCUUUUGUUCCAACGUUAAAGUUUUCUUUCUGUUAUUGUUUCUCCAUUUAGAUCCGAUGCUUCGUUGAGGUGAAAGCAUCAGAAUGAGUCUUCUGCCAUAUAAAGGGCUGACCAUUGUUGGUGCCUGGUUGGUACUAACGGCGACUGCCAUAAGAAUCGAACGUCCGGAACCGGUCAGCUUCGUACGAAGUAGCGUAGAACAAAUUCCACCGCACGGCUUUGAGAAACAGGUGGCCGACGCAGAGAGUGAUGACUUUGGAAGUAAAUCUUUACCACUACGGUCCGCUGUCGAGAGUGUUCCAGCGAUACUCGUCGAUGAGCGGCUACCACUGCGUGAUGCCGUUGAAUUCCGCAUCCUCGAUAUGGAUCACGAAAUAGAGGACAGAGUCAGCCAGGUGAAGAGCGUGGUGAAGAGCAAACAAAAAAUCAAACUGGUCCCGAUUGACACGAAAGAUGUGGAAAGUUUCCGAGUGUUUUCCUUCCAGGAUAAAUAUGCGGCCUAUGUUUUACCAUCACAACCCGCCAACAAACCGAUGCCGUAUCGGGCGGGAUCUCCCUAUCAGCAGCUACUGAGCAGCAAGGAUGUGACGGUGGUACAGAAUAAUUAUAGUAAAAUUUUAGCCCUCCAGAAAGCGGCAGCAAACGAGUAUAAAGUGCUGUGCCACAUGACCAACUGGGGGUUUUAUCGCAAGGGUGAAGCACAGUUUGUCCCCGAAAAUCUGGACCCUAGUCUGUGUACGCACAUCAUAUAUUCGUUUGCCACCUUGGACCCAUCCACGCUAAUGAUGAAAGAGUUCGAUAGUUGGGCCGACUUGGACAACAAUAUGUACUACCGCACGGUAGCUGCUGCUGGUGAUGUACCUGUAUUGCUAGGUUUAGGUGGAUGGACCGAUUCGGUGGGCAACAAAUAUUCGGAGAUGGUGGGAUCUUCGGCUAAUCGCCGAAACUUCAUAACCAAUGCGAUCGUUUUCCUCAAAAAGCAUGGCUUUUCCGGUUUGCACAUGGAUUGGAACUAUCCCGUGUGCUGGCAGAGCGACUGUUCGAAGGGUUCCGAUAGUGAUAAGAUCAACUUUAGUAAGCUAAUCCAAGAAAUAAGGGCAGCCUUUAACCCGGAAAAUCUGCUGAUAAGUACCAGCAUUUCGGGAUACAAGGAGGUAUUGAUGGUUUCGUACGAUAUUGCCGACCUUACCAAGUACGUCGACUUUAUGGCCGUUAUGUCGUACGAUUAUCACGGCUCUUGGGAAGAACAAACGGGACAUGUGAGUCCGUUGUACGGUAGUUCUUACGAUAAAUAUCCGCAGUACAACACCGAUUACACAAUGCAGCUAUUGGUGAAGAUGGGUGCCGAUAAGAGUAAGCUCAUCGUAGGUGUUCCAUUCUAUGGGCAAACGUUCACGUUAGCACAAACUACCAGAGCCACACCCGGCGAAGGUAGUCCUACGAUUGGGCCCGGAACUGCUGGUGAUGACACGAGACAACCGGGCAUGUUGGCUUACUAUGAAAUUUGUCAGCGUGUGCGCAAACAGAAGUGGAAAGUGGGUAGAGAUGCCAACAUGAAGUCUGGCCCAUACGCCACCAACGGUGAUCAGUGGGUUGGGUACGAUGAUCCUAUAUCGGUCACAGCUAAAGCACGGUACGUGAUGAAAUCUGGCUUCGGCGGUAUCGCAGCAUGGACUGUCGAUUUGGACGAUUAUCAAAAUCGCUGUUGCGAGGAACGAUUCCCUGUGCUGCGAGCCAUUAACAGAGCGCUGGGGCGACUGGAUUCGCCUGUCCCAUCAGGAAUGGAUUGUUCGCGACCUGAUCAACCGGUUACUCCGUCACCUGCCGAAAUGACAUUUAGUCCGGAUGGUGGAGUACAGAGUACAACGUCAACACCGGCCCAUUCACAUACCACCUGGCCAUCGUGGUCACCAGAAAGUACAUCAACGACAAGAAGAACGACUACUACAAUGCCUACUACUUCUUCCACAACUACAACUACUAGCACGACUACUACAACUACUACUACCCCAAGAACAACACGAAGAACUACUACUCCAUCGACUACUACAUACAGCCCUCCAUCGACAACUGUCGGAACGACCAUCCCCGUACCAGGUCUCGUAAUGCCAGAGCUCAGCAAUGCAGAAAGUUGCGAAGGCAACCAAUACAAGGCGCAUCCGACGAACUGUAACUCUUAUUACCGUUGCGUUCUGUCCGAGUUCAAACAGCAGUUCUGUGCCGGCGGUCUGCACUGGAAUGAUGCGGCAAAGCUGUGCGAUUGGCCUGCAUCAGCAAAGUGCGAGAUGGACGUGGGAUCUCCAGAACCGAUUACAACAUCUACAACGGCAAGACCCACGAGAACAUCCUCAAGACGGACGACCACCACUACCAGCACUACCGAAGAAAUGGUAACGUCUCGCCCGACGCGUCGGAAGACUACGGUGGCUUCAAAUACUCCAAGCCCAACAAGACCUCCCAAAAAACCUGCUACUACUACCAAAAAACCCGUAAGCCGUCCGACGGAAACUUGCAACAAUGGAGAGUACUACCCACACAAGAGCUGUGACAGCUUCUACAUCUGUGUGAACGAAAAGAAGGUGGCCCAACAGUGCGGCCCGGGACUGUACUGGAGCCAAACGGAUAAGAGCUGCGAUUGGGAAGACAACGUGAAUUGUGUGAGCAAUGAACAGUAUUUCCGUUUGCUAACGUCCUUUGGUGCGCCCAAGUUGCUCUCGGAGGAUGACCCUUGCGAUGGCAAUUCGCACGUUCCAUUUCCGGGUGACUGUAACCAGUAUUUGGUGUGUAAUUGGGGCCGCCUCGAGUCUGCUAGCUGUGCCGAUGGGCUUCACUGGAACCAGCAGUUGAAAAUUUGCGAUUGGCCAGCAAGUGCUAAAUGCUCGCAAGGUGGCGUACCGGAGAGUACGGAAAACAUCUCCGACGAGAACAACGCGUGGCAGGGUCCGGGUCAGGACAUUGAUGGUCCACAAUACGUUGUGUCAACUACUGAGAAACGCACCACUACGACGCGUACCACAACGGCCGCUCCAGCUACACGUCCGCCAAUGUUGGAACCUCUUUCGGGGUAUUACAAAAUGGUUUGCUACUUUACCAACUGGGCUUGGUACAGGAAGGGCUACGGAAAGUACACGCCGGAUCACAUCCGUACCGAUCUCUGUACGCACAUUGUGUACGGAUUCGCGGUGCUAGACUACUCCUCACUCACGAUAAAAACGCACGACUCAUGGGCAGAUAUUGAUAACAAAUUCUACACCCGCGUAGUGGCCGCAAAAGAGAAGGGCGUUAAGGUGACGCUUGCCAUCGGUGGUUGGAAUGAUUCGGCGGGAGAUAAAUACAGCCGGUUGGUACGCAGUGCCGCCGCAAGGUCGAAGUUUGUGGAGCACGUGAUCGGCUUUCUGGAGAAGUAUGGAUUCGAAGGUUUGGAUCUCGAUUGGGAAUAUCCCGUGUGUUGGCAGGUGGACUGCAAGAAAGGAUUUGCCGACGAGAAGGAAGGAUUUACGGAACUGGUGCGGGAGCUGUCGGAAGCAUUUAAGCCCCGUGGAUGGUUACUGUCGGCUGCCGUAUCACCAAGCAAAACUGUGAUCGACGCUGGAUAUGAUGUUGCUGCGCUGGCUAAAUACUUCGACUGGAUUGCCGUAAUGACUUACGAUUUCCACGGACAGUGGGACAAACAAACUGGACAUGUAGCACCACUGUACUACCAUCCGGAGGAUGAGAUUGAUUUCUUCAAUGCGAACUAUUCGAUCAACUAUUGGAUCGAAAAGGGAGCACCAUCGCGGAAGAUUGUCAUGGGUAUGCCACUGUACGGGCAGUCGUUCCAACUAGCUGACACCAAGAAAAAUGGCCUAAAUGCCAAGGCCCCUGGUCCUGGCCAGGCAGGAGAAUUCACCAAAGCGGCAGGAUUCUUAGCCUACUACGAGAUCUGUGAUCGUAUACAAAACAAAGGAUGGACAGUGGUCCAAGAUGAGCUGCAAAGAAUGGGACCGUAUGCGUACAAGGGCAAUCAGUGGGUAUCGUUCGACGACAAAGAAACCCUGCUGAGGAAGGUACAAUUUAUACGAGCGAUGGAUCUGGGAGGAGGAAUGGUUUGGGCACUCGAUUUGGACGACUUUAAGGAUCGCUGUGGACAGGGAAGUCAUCCAUUACUAACUGCCAUUCGAGAGGGACUUCGAGAUCCACCCACAAGUGCCGAUGUACUCCCACCGAUUGUACAUCAAUCUUCAGAAAACGAGAGUUCUGCCUCAGGAAUGGAAACGAAUGCCGGCAUUUCGUCCCCGGAGAAACAACAACCCGGCGCAACCGACAGUUCAGAAGUGGACGAUAACUCGGUUGAGUCGGACGAAUAUAAAGUUGUUUGCUACUUCACGAACUGGGCUUGGUAUAGGCAAGGCAAUGGCAAAUAUCUUCCUGAAGAUAUUGAUUCCGAGUUGUGCACGCACAUUGUGUAUGGAUUCGCUGUUCUGGAUCGGGAGGGUUUAACAAUUAAGCCGCACGAUUCCUGGGCAGACAUUGAUAAUCGUUUCUACGAGAGAGUGGUGGAGCUUAAAAAGAAAGGCAAAAAAGUAACGGUUGCGAUUGGUGGAUGGAACGAUUCGGCCGGCGAUAAGUAUAGCCGGCUGGUGCGAAGUGCACAGGCCCGGAAGCGCUUUAUAGAAAAUGUGAUGCAAUUCAUUGCGAAGUAUAACUUUGACGGGCUGGACUUGGACUGGGAGUAUCCCGUGUGCUGGCAGGUGGAUUGCAAGAAGGGAUAUGCUGAUGAAAAGGAAGGCUUUUCCAGCUUGGUGAAAGAGCUGGCGACGGCCUUUACACCGCACGGCUAUUUGCUAUCCUCGGCAGUAUCACCAAGCAAGAAGGUGAUUGAUGCGGGAUAUGACGUACGUACGCUGUCCGAUUACAUGGACUGGAUCGCUGUGAUGACGUACGAUUAUCACGGACAGUGGGACAAACAGACGGGCCACGUUGCACCGAUGUAUGAGCAUUCGGAUGAUUUCGAUAAAACAUUCAACGCCAACUUCACGAUCCACUACUGGAUCGAGCAAGGUGCGGAUCCCCGUAAGUUGGUCAUGGGUAUGCCUAUGUACGGCCAGUCAUUCUCGCUCGCGGAUGUCAACGAUAAUGGGCUGAACGCAAAAACUUAUGGAGGUGGAGAAGCCGGCGAUCAAACACGUGCUAGAGGAUUCUUGUCAUAUUACGAAAUUUGCGCUAACAUUCAGCAGAAAAACUGGAACGUAGUGCGUGACCGAAAGGGACGUAUGGGUCCUUACGCUUACAAAGGCGAUCAGUGGGUUUCGUUCGACGACCAGUACAUGAUACGCCAUAAGAGCGAGUUUAUCAAGGCAAUGGGUCUUGGAGGUGCUAUGAUAUGGGCCCUCGAUUUGGACGAUUUCCGAAACCUUUGUGGAUGUGAAGAAUACCCCUUGCUGCGUACGAUCAACCGUGUAUUGCGGAACUAUCCUGGCCCAGGGCCCAAAUGUACGCUAGGAGCGGGUAAACCAUCAAGUCCAAGUGAUCGUCCAACUACUGCCAUGAUGUCCCCAACGACUACGAGGAAGCCCACAACUACAUCCAGAACAACAACGACGGCUAGGACUACGACUACGAUGCCGACGAAGGCAGCAUCAACUACUCGGAAAACGACCCGUCGAACGACUACUAGACCGUCCACUACCAGCAGACCGUCAACACCAUCGAUUGACGAUCUCGAUUACAAUCAAUCAAAUAGUGAUUGCGAUGGACGAUUGUUUGUUCCGCAUGAAACGGAUUGCUCCAAAUAUUACAUUUGUCAGCAUGGCAAGCGUUAUGAGCAAAGAUGUCCAGCAAACACGCUCUGGAAUAAUGGGUACUGUGACUGGGAGGAGAAUACUAAUUGUAAAAACAAGCAACGCCCAAUAACCUCCACGAUCUCCAGCGUUACGACGGAUGAUGACCGGAUGUCUUCAACUAGUCGCCCAGCAACAGCACCAACUACCCGGCGUACUACUACAUCAACUCGGCGCCCGACCGAAAGACCCACAACAACUAUCGCCACCACUACGGCUAAACCAUCACCUCCAACGAAUGAGCUAGGUCCUGGAAGUGGUGACUACAAAGUGGUGUGCUAUUUCACAAACUGGGCAUGGUACAGACAGGGAGAUGGAAAGUACACCCCCGACGAUAUCGAUAGCACGUUGUGCACCCACAUCGUGUACGGCUUUGCCGUGCUUGAUCGUGAAAGCUUGCAGAUCAAAACGCACGAUUCAUGGGCCGACAUAGACAAUCGGUUUUACGAGCGAGUCGUGGAGCACAAACGCAAAGGAACGAAGGUGACACUGGCGCUGGGCGGGUGGAACGAUUCGCUCGGCGAUAAGUACAGCAAGCUGGUACGAGAUGCCGCAGCUAGAGCUCGGUUCGUAAAGCACGCGGUAGAGUUCAUUGAAAAGUACGAUUUCGAUGGGUUGGACCUCGACUGGGAGUACCCCGUUUGUUGGCAGGUCGAUUGCCAAAAGGGUUAUCCGGACGAAAAAGAGGGCUUUGCGAAGUUGGUGCAGGAGCUCGCUGUUGAGUUCCGGCCGCGUAGUUGGUUGCUUUCUGCAGCCGUUUCUCCAAGCAAAAUGGUUAUUGAUGCCGGUUACGAAGUCCCAGUGCUGGCGGAGUACUUCGACUGGAUUGCGGUCAUGACUUACGAUUUCCACGGCAACUGGGACAAACAAACCGGGCACGUUGCACCGCUGUACUACUAUCCUGGUGAUACGUACGAUUACUUCAAUGCCAACUUCUCCAUCAACUACUGGAUCGAAAAGGGAGCACCAUCGCGAAAGUUGGUCAUGGGUAUGCCAUUGUAUGGACAAUCGUUUUCACUUGCCGAUGCUCGCCGGAAUGGGCUUAACGAGAAGUCUUACGGGCCGGGCGAGGCAGGAGAAUUUACGCGUGCCGGUGGAUUCUUGUCGUUUUACGAAAUAUGUGACAAGGUAAACCGCCAGGGUUGGUCCGUUCAGCGCGAUCCCGAAGGACGGAUAGGCCCGUACGCAUACAGCGGCAAUCAAUGGGUUUCGUAUGAUGAUGUGGACGAGAUCCGGAGAAAAUCGCAAUUUGUCAAACAAAUGAACCUUGGCGGUGGAAUGGUAUGGGCUUUGGAUCUGGAUGAUUUUAGAGGAAGAUGUGGAUGCGGUACGCAUCCGUUAUUGCGUACCAUGAAUUUGGAACUUGGGCGAAUCAGUACACAAGCGCCAGAAAAUUGUACUUAG